CAUUGACUUAAUGAUCUCUGUUAUAGUAUUUUUUUCAUCUAUUCUGUCUACUACUUGUAUUGGCCUCAUAAAAGCUUUUUUCUACAUAUUACCUCUUCCCCUCCAAAGAGAAUCAGAGUUCAAGGGCGAACUUUGUACAAUCAGUGCAAAGCCUUACUAUCAAUUGUGCGCGCCGCAUUCUCACUCACCUAAACUUCUGAAAGUAGACUCAAGCAAGAUGAUUUCGAUAUUUUCUCCCUGGUCUACUUCAUCUGACUCGAUGCAAGCUUUCAUCGAUAUGAGCCUGGAUGAUCCCUUAGUAGGAAGUUGGAGAGAUAAUAAAAUUACAGAGCUGAGUACAGUCAAUGUCACGGCAGCUCUAGUUGCAGCUGUAGCCAGCGCAGCGCUAUCAUGGCAGGCCAUUGACUCAGCUGCAUGGACAGUACUUGCAUUAUUCUAUGCAUCUCUCAUCAUGUCCCUCACCGCAGUGACGAUUGGGGCGCAGCAGAGCAUUGCAUUAUCUCGUUUAGGGGGCCAUCGAGUCGGGCUGGGCAACCUCCAGAAAAAGUUGCGGGGAAAGGUAGUUAAACAGGCAACUCAAACGCUGAAUGUCAACAAACACUCAGCAAGCUACUCUCAGCUUUAUUUGUGGCAACUACCUGUCAUGCUGCUCAAUGCCAGUAUUUUGAUAUUCCUGAUCGGCCUGUCUAUUAUCAUCUGGAGCCAAGCUGCUAGUCAUGAAUAUUCGGGAGAUACUAUGAAGAUUGCAAUUGUUACGAGUUUAACAGGAAUAUUUGGGAUUGGAAGCUAUAUUUUCGCAGCAGUGUGUCUUUAUGCUUAAAUAAAGUACUGAGUUGAAAAAACAUGACCGUGCACUUCGCCUUUCUAACCAGAUAGCUGAGUUGUGUGAGGGCAAAAAAAGAUUGCAUUGCUGAGCGCCGAAGAAGAAAAGGGAAGGAAGAAGAACGCCACGAGGCCAGCUAUCUGAGGCUAUCAACAGGUCUGGCUGUUGGCUGGCUGGAGGGGCCGUGCACGGCUCUGGGCCAGUGACUCACUCACCCUCGCACAUGAGUUGGAUAUUUAUUUGAAGCAAAAAUAGUACGCAUGAUUUCAU